AUGGGUUCUAGGGCAGUGGCCACGUUUUCUCUUGUGUGGGGACUGCUGGACUGCUGUUUUUUCUGCAGCUGGGCUCUGGGGGGUCCAAGGCCCCUGAGCUCUCUGCCUCCACUACCCUCCCAAGCCAAGUCAGGAUCUGAGGCCAUGUGGAUGCCCCAUGAAGCAGCCCUGGCUUUUCUCUACUCCGGAGAUGCCCAACAGCUGUCAGGAGCUAAUUGCAGUGAUGGCUACGAAGCUCCUGGGGCAGAGAGCAGAGCAGGGCUGCCCCCAGUCCUACAAAGGGCAGCGGGCACCCUGGCCCAGGCGGCCAAUUUUCUCAACAUGCUGCUGCAAGCCAACGACAUCCGAGAGUCCAGUAUAGAAGAGGAUGUGGAGUGGUAUCAGGCACUGGUCCGCAGCAUGGCAGAGGGGGACCCAAGGGCUUACAGGGCUCUGCUGACCUUUAACCCUCCAUCAGGAGCCAGCCACCUUCAGCUAGCCCUGCACGCCACCCGGAUGGGGGAAGAGACCAUUCUUCAGGUCCUAUCUGGGAACAGAGUGCAGGAGGAGCAUCCAGAAGACCCAGACAGCCCUGAUCUGCAGAAGCGGGUGCUGACCAAUGACCUACAGAGCCUCGACAGCCCCAAGUGGCCACGAGGGAAUGGAUAUGUAGGGGACAUACAGCAGGUGAGGCUGUCUCCUCCCUUCCUGGAAUGCCAGGAGGGCCAGCUCCAUCCCCGCUGGCUGGUCACACUCUCAGCCACCUUCUAUGGACUCAAGCCAGACCUCAGCCCAGAGGUCAGGGGGCAGGUGCAAAUGGACAUCGAUCUUCAGAGUGUGGACAUCAAUCAGUGUGCAAGUGGCCCUGGCUGGUACGCUAACACACACCUGUGUGAUCUCAACAGCACUCAGUGCAUCCCUCUGGAGAGUCAGGGCUUUGUCUUGGGCCGCUAUCUCUGUUGCUGCCGACCUGGAUUCUACGGGGCAAGUGGCUCUGGGGGGUUAGUGGAGCGUGCAACUCAGACUACCGAGCAAUUUGGGUCCCCACAAGGCAGCUUAGGGAAGCUGCUGCGGUGCCAGCUGUGUCCUGAGGGCUGUACCAGCUGUAUGGAUGCCACACCGUGCCUAGUGGAUGAGGCCCUGGUGCUAAGAAUGGCAGUGCUGGCCUGCCAGGCCUGCUGCAUGUUGGCUGUCUUCCUAAGCAUGCUGGUCACCUACUGCUGCCACUGGAGCAAGAGGAUCCGGGCAUCUGGAGUCAUUCUGCUGGAAACCAUCCUUUUUGGAUCCUUACUGCUCUACUUUCCUGUAUUCAUCCUGUACUUCAAGUCCAGUGUGUUCUGCUGCAUUGCUCUUCGCUGGGUCCGGCUUCUGGGUUUUGCUGUCCUCUAUGGAACCAUUACCCUGAAACUUCACAGGGUGCUCCAGCUGUUCUUGUCUCGAACGGCCCAGCAGGGCCUGCCCCCGAGCAGCGGGCAACUGCUGCGGCGUCUGGGGCUGCUUCUGCUGAUGGUGUUGGGCUUCUUGGUCUUAUGGACAGCAGAAGCCCUGGAGCACACACCUCUGGUGACUCGAGGCCACAUUUACAGCGGCCGCCACUUCUACCUCUGUCACCAUGACCGCUGGGAUUACAUCAUGGUUGUGGCGGAAAUGCUGCUGCUGUGCUGGGGCAGCUUCCUCUGCUACGCCACCCGAGCUCUCCCCUCAGCCUUCCACGAACCGCGCUACAUGAGCAUCGCCCUGCACAAUGACCUGCUGCUCUCUGCUGCCUUCCACACAGCCAGGUUUGUGCUGGUUCCCUCCUUGAACCCAGAUUGGACCCUCCUUCUCUUCUUCCUCCACACCCACAGCACAGUCACAGCCACACUGGCUCUGAUCUUCAUCCCUAAGUUCUGGAAGCCAGGAGCAUCUCCCCGAGAGGAGAUCUUGGAUGAAGUAUAUGAAGACGAGCUGGAGAUGCAGCGAUCAGGCUCCUACCUCAACAGCAGCAUUGCCACAGCCUGGAGCGAGUGCAGCCCGGACUUAGGAGACAUCCAGGAUGAGUUGAAGAAGCUCUAUGCCCAGCUACAAGUCCACAAGACCAAGGAAAUGGCUGCUAAUAACCCCCACCUGCCCAAGAAGCAGGGCAGCUCAUAUCAGGGGCUGGGCCGCUCCUUCAGGAGGUACUUGGCUGAAUUCCCUGAGGCCUUGGCCCAACAACACUCCUGGGACUCAGGCUCCCAGGGCCAUUGCAGCCUGCCAGGCUCCUCUCGCUGCCACUGCCGGCUCCUCAACUCCAGCCUUCAGGAAUCUGAGAGGCCACCAGCCCUGUGCAAGAAACUCAGCACUUACUACCACCACAGCCAGCAAGACCUGACUCUACUAGACUCCUUACUGAGAAGGAACCUGUCCAAGAAGGCCUCACAAGUGGAGGGUCAGGAGUCAGUGGAGGGGCCCCCAGCCCAGGGCUUCAGGUCAGCCAGUGCCCACAACCUGACAGUGGGAGAGAGACUCCCCAGAGCCUGGCCUACCUCCCUGCAGAAGUCAUUCAGCGUUGUGGCUGGCUCCAGGGAAAAGGCUCUGCUUGUGGCCAGUCAGACCUACCUGGAAGAAACCUAUCGGUGGGUGAAAGAGAGAGAGGAGCGAAAGAAAGCAGAGGCUGCCAUGGUGAGCCCAGUGCAGAGGCCAUCAACCAGGAGGCUGGAGCGGGCUCUAUGGGCUCCACUGUCAGCCCCACCUUCCCCUGCCAAGAGAAGCAGCAUGGACAGCUCUCACACCUCUGGCAGGCCUCAUGAGGAGGCUGGGAGAAGGCUGCCUCACCCACCCAUCCGGCACCAGGUCUCCACACCCAUCUUGGCCCUGUCUGGGGCCUGCCUGGGAGAGCCAAGAAUGCUGUCUCCCACUUCUAUCUCCACGUUGGCUCCUGCUCUGCUGCCAGCCCUGGCCCCAGCCCCUGCCUCUAUCCUCGCACCAGUCCCUGUGCUCUCCCAAAGCUCCACCUUACUCACUUUCAUUUGCCCCUGGGAGAAUGCAGAACUGCCAGGCAAGAAAGAAAACAUGGGCCAGGAAGGCCUCUCGGGGCCAGAAUGAAGCAGCCACUCCCCUGCCCCAGCUUGUGCCAAGAUUUGGAGGGCCCUCUCUGUCACAGUGGAGAAAAGGGGAGCUGGGGAAAGUGAGACAGACACAGAGUCUGGACAUGUCCAGGGGGAAGCUGAUGACAUGGAUGAGGGCAAACCCAAGGUCUUCUCAAAAUCCCACAGCCUCAAGACCCCCAUGCAGCAGGGCUCCAUGCGCAGCCUGAGCCUGGCCAUCAGAGCUCUGACCCGUUCUCAAAGCACGUACAAAGAGAAGAAGGGUGGGGAAGACAACCCUGAGACUAAGGGCAAGCCUGCAGGGGUGGGCAUGGGGGCUCCACCCCAAUCUCCCAGGCUAGGCAGGCCCAAAGCAGUGAGCCCACAGGCUGCCCUCACCCCCUGUGAGGAUGAAGAGUCCCUCCAGAACCAACAGAAUGCUCACACCAGCAGAAUGCUCCAAGUCUGUCACCAGGAGGACAGAAGAGAACAAGAGGACAGAAGCAAGAGGACAUCCCAGGGUCUAGGGGAGCGGAAAGUUGAGAGAACAAGUAAAAUAGGGCUUGCCACACUGAGGCAAGUUUUGGAGGUUGAACAAGCAAAGGAAUCCCCUGUGGGGUGGCAAGAGCUGCCCAAAGCUGGCCUCCAGCCCCUAGGCAAUGCUGACCACAUGGUGACAGAGGUCUGCCCCUGGGAAGUCACUGAGUCAGAAACGUGUCAGCUGGACAGUAGCAACAAGGUCAAAGUCUACUCCUGGGAGGGGUGUGAAGGGGACCUUGAGAGGAAGCCAUCAAGGAAAGAUCUAAGUGGCUCCUGGGAGGAGAGAAUGAAAGCACCAGAGAAAUCAGAGCCCAAAGGUGUGUGUGCCGUAACUCGGAAAAAAUCAGAGAGGCUGGUCAGAAGCCAGGAGGCAGUGUGUCCCUGGGACAGUGCUGUUACUAGAGAUCUGUCUCCUCAUCAGGACUCUGACAGAACCCAGGGCAGGUCUAAGGUGGUGGGCAGUGCAGAGGCAAGGAAGGGAGAGAAGCAUCCAGGGGAAGCCAAUGGCCCAGAGGUUCCUCCACCUGACACUGUCAAAGCAGUGCUCCACCCCUGGGAGAUGAGUGAUGGGAGGGAGGAGACUUUGGCUAGGGGAAUGAAGGAACUCCCUGGGGAAAGGCAGAAAGCCCCCAAGAAGGCAGCCUUCUGGAGAGAACAGAAUCUUGGCAGAGACCUGGUGUCUCUUUGUCCAUGGGAAAGUACAGAUUUUCGGGGUCCCUUGACAGUCUCACUUCAAGCCCCAGGAAGUUCUGGGAGUUUGGGCAGUAGCCUUGCAGAGGUGUGCCCAUGGGAGAUAGGAGAUACAUCUCCUGAUAAAAAAGCCGAGGUCUGUCCCUGGGAGCUGGGUGAUGAGCUAACCAGGAAGGAAACAUUGGGUCAGGAAGCUGGUGGGGAAUCUCUCCCAAGAAAGGAGAAAAUCUCCAGAAAGGGGUAUUCCAGAGAUGGAGGGCAAACUCUGAGAACAAUGCCAACAGCCAGUCAAGGGCAGGCAACGGCGUGUCCCUGGGAAGAAACAGCCCCUGUGCAAUCCAGCCCAUAUCCAGACAAGUCCUUGUCCAAGGUUGGUAGCCAGCUCCUACACAAUGGGGACAGCAGAGCAAUGCAGGUGUGUCCUUGGGAAGUGUGCAAGCCAGAGGAAAAGCAAGCAACACCUUCUACAGCAGUAAUCUGUCCCUGUAGAGCAGAUGGAUGAACAGAGGACAGGAUAUCAGGACACACAUCAAAUGAAGGAGAAUCUCAAAAAGAUAAGGAAAAAGUUCCCGGGAAAGCAGGAAUCCAAGAUGUCAAAGUAUGGGAAAAGUCUGAGGAGUAGAUCCCAAAGCAGGAAACAAUCUGCCCCUGGGAAAGUGUAGACCCUGGUAACUUCCCCAGAGAAGACACAGAGAAACCCCAAGCCAUUAUCCAGACUCAGGGUGGUAUGGGAAGCAAAACUGCAGAGAUCUGCCCCUGGGACGCGGAGGACACCCUGACACCUGAGGUCAAGAUCUGUCCCUGGGAAGUGGGUACUAGAACAGGGGAAGAAAAGGCUGUGGCCACUGAGGUCAGUGGGAAAUCGCCAAAUGAUACAGGUCAGACUUCUGCAGAUUCUGGACCUAGGCUGACAGCUGCUGCUCCUACGAAGCCAGAGAGGCCAACCAUGGAGCAGGAGGUUUGUCCCUGGGAAAGCUUGGGUCCAGGGGACUCUCAGCAUUCAGACACUUUGGACACUGAUAGAUAAACAGCUGGACUACAGGAACUGAACCCUGUAAGCUCUAGGCCUAUUGAGAUGUGUCCCUGGGAAGCAGAGGAAGCUCCUAUCAGUGAAAAAGCCAAGAUCUGUCCCUGGGAAGUGAAUGAAGGAAAUAUUGGGAAGGGACUAGAGAAGGAGAUGGGUAAUGAGUCAGCAAAGAGGAAAAAAAAAAAAAAAAAAAAAAACCUAGAAAAGGAGAGACUCACCUUCCAAGAAGAAGGCAUAACAAAAUGGGAGGCUAAACUCCAUCAGCAACAGGUGAUGCAGGUGUGUCCUUGGGAACCAUCUGUUCAGAUCUCUAAGGUUUCAGACUCAGCCAGUACCACCAGUAGCUAGGUGGCAGAGGGACAUUCCUUAGAAGCAAGUGAUGAAGCAUCAAAGAAGGGAGACCUGAGAGGAGACCUCAAGACAGGUUCCCUCUCAGAACACAUGACCCAAGGAAAAGCUCCAGCUUUGAAAGCAGAAUUCCAUGUUGAUGAUGAGGGAAGAACAAGCAAUGAGCUCCAGUUUGUCUGUCCAUGGGAAAGCAUGGUGCCAGUAGGCUCCUCCUCUUACCCAGUCAGCCAGCACCCUAGCCAAACUAGAGCCAGCUCCCAGACACUGGUCAGCGCUGAGGGUAGGGUCACUGAGGUGGGCCCAUGGGAUGCUCCUGACUCUGAUAUGCAUAACCCUGAUAGAAGAACCAAGGCUGAGAUCUGUCCCUGGGAGGUGACUUAGACUAUCCUGGAGAAAGGGACGUUAAGACAAGAUGGAAAGACUCUCAGGAGAAGGGAAGAGGAAUCUCAGGAGAAGGGAAGAGACUCUGAAAAACCAGAGUUCAAAGAUUUAGCAGUUCAGAAAAUGCCACAGACCAGCAACUUCGGGAGGCAGGAGGCUAUGUGUCCCAGGGAGAGUCAGGACUUUGGGGGUCUAUUUCUGCAACCGGCCCCCAGGGCUUCUGAUGGAAGCAAAGGCAGUUCUGAGGUAGCAGGCUGUGUGGGACCUGGAGUGGCAGAAGUGUAUCCAUGGGAAGUGGAAGAGACUCUCUCUGCCAAAAGAGCAGAGAUCUGCCCCUGGGAGGUAAAUCCAGGAGCAGCAGGAGAGGGAGGACUAGAACAGGAGAUGCAGAGAAAAUCACAAGGGCAAGAGGAGAUCCUUGCCAAGGCAGGGUCUGGAGGGGCUGAAGAACAUUUUCCAAAAGCAGCAGCAAAACUCAAUAAUGAGCAAGAGAUAGUCUACCCCUGGGAAGGCACAGGGUCAGAGGGGCUCUUCCCUGAGGCAGACACUCUAGACACAGUUCAUCCCAAGGCCAGCCCUGACAGAGCAAGCAACAUAGGGAACAGGACAGCAGAGCUGUGUCAAUGAGAAGUCACAGAUCCAGAAGAAAAUAAAAUCAAGGGCACCAUAGCAGACAUCUGUCCAUGGGAGGAAACUAGAGCCCCAUCUGAGAAAUCUAGCCUCCUGGCUUUACCAGCAACUCAGGCAGAUAUCCCUAUAGCCCCUGAGAAAUGCAAAAGCCCCCACCCUGAAGUGGGUGAGCCACCAAGUACUUUUACUCUGGAAGGUGUCAGAGAACAAGAACCUUUAAGGCUUGUGUCCAGAGCCAAAUUAGCUCCAGAGCCAAGUCCGCAAGAAGCCAAGGCUCAGUUUUUCUCCACAACUGAAGACCAAUGACAAAUGACUGCUGAUGCUCAAGAUGAUGAACUUGGCCGUCUACCUGCCUAUCCUUGGGACUGGGAGUAACAGCUCCAUAGGUGAGGUUAAACAGAGCUAGCUUCAGAGCCUUUUCACAUACUACCUAGCAUUCCUAAAGAGCUAAAUCAAAGUCACUAAGCUACUUCUCUACCCAGAAAGACACAACUCACAACUACAUAGGAAGGGUACAGCUUGGACUCCAAGAGACAUCUCAUCCUUUCUACUUCUCCUUUUCCUGCUUAGGGAACAAAAGCUGUACUCUCUUUCCAAAGAGAGUACCAUCCAUUUAGAGUACCUGACACAAGACUCAGAAUCAGGACUCUAACUUACAAGAUCAGUGUUAACAGUGAAAGGCAACUGGCAGUGCCCAGAACAAGGAGAUUCAGUUCUGCCCUGAGGUAGUAAAGAACUAAACCACACAAGGUGGUGGCAACACAGACUGUGGUCAAGAGAUGGUUAUAAAGCCAUGUAAUUCAAGAUGAAAGACAAGGGCUAGAGAGACGGCUCAAUGGUUAAGAGCACAUACUGCCCAAGUUCAGUUUCCA